UCUGCUUUGACUUGUCAUGCCACUUGGCGUUUAGUCUUGUAUAAAAUAUAAAGUAAAACAUCAAUCUUAACAAGUGUUGUACUUUUACCUGGAUGAACAACUGAGCCUGUCAACAUCACCCAGAGCGCACGCCAUUUGAGUUCUCACAGCGUGACGUCAAACACCAGUCAAGCAACUAAAACGCUCCGCAUCCCGCGUGCCUUUCACCCGGGAUCUGAUAGCACAGCUCAAUGCAAAUGCGCUUAUAAGCAGGACCUUUCUCUCUCUUGCUGUUGGAUUUUAUAAAAUGGGACUAUUUGAUGCUCUUAGAGAUUUUAGUUUAUUGACAUGGCUAAGAGAAGAAAAACAGUCUCGGAGGUUGAUUCUGUUGAUCGUUUUUAUUGCUUUGCUGUUGGACAAUAUGCUGUUGACGGUGGUCGUACCUAUUAUUCCCAGCUACCUGUACACAGUGGAUGACGAAGCCUCCCAGGCAGCCCAGAAUCACUCCAUCUCCUCUCUUACCCCAACCGGCACUUUUCAGAGCAUCGUGUCUUUGUAUGAUAACUCAACACGCCUGACUGGCUUCAGUCCGCAAAUGAGCACGGCCAGCCUGUUGACCUCAGCCCCUCCUUCUGUCACCCCCCCUCAAAACCACUCCGAUUGCCCAAAAGCAGACGACCAGCUCCUGAAUGAGAACGUCAAAGUGGGUCUGUUGUUUGCCUCUAAAGCAACAGUACAGCUCAUCACCAACCCAUUCAUAGGACCUCUCACCAACAGAAUAGGCUACCAGAUCCCGAUGUUUGCUGGUUUCUGCAUCAUGUUUGUUUCAACGCUCAUGUUUGCGUUUUCAUCGAGCUAUACUCUGCUGUUUUUGGCCAGAUCUCUGCAGGGUGUCGGUUCCUCGUGUUCUUCUGUAGCAGGUAUGGGGAUGCUGGCUAGUGUUUACACAGACGAUGAGGAAAGAGGAAAUGCUAUAGGAAUUGCCUUAGGAGGUCUAGCCAUGGGAGUUUUGGUUGGCCCUCCAUUCGGCAGUGUCAUGUAUGAAUUUGUCGGUAAGACGGCCCCGUUCCUCAUCCUGGCUGUGCUUGCAGUUCUAGAUGGAGCUCUGCAACUCUUUGUAUUUCAGCCAUCAAAGGCUGAACCAGAGACCCAGACAGGAACUCCACUGUUGACCCUCAUGAAAGAUCCUUACAUUCUCAUUGCAGCAGGUUCCAUUUGUUUUGCUAACAUGGCUAUUGCUAUGCUGGAACCAGCGCUGCCCAUCUGGAUGAUGGAAACAAUGUGUCCAAGGAAAUGGCAGCUAGGGGUUGCAUUCGUGCCAGCCAGCAUCUCAUAUCUUAUAGGGACCAACAUCUUUGCCGUUCUGGCUAACAAAAUGGGGAGAUGGCUGUGUUCACUCAUCGGUAUGCUGCUAGUUGGUCUCAGCAUACUCUGCGUGCCUUUUGCAAAAGACAUAUACGGACUCAUUGUGCCAAACUUUGGAGUUGGAUUUGCAAUCGGUAUGGUGGACUCUUCAAUGAUGCCCAUCAUGGGUUAUCUAGUAGAUCUGAGGCAUGUGUCUGUGUAUGGUAGUGUGUACGCUAUUGCUGAUGUUGCGUUCUGCAUGGGCUUUGCUUUAGGUCCAUCAGCAGGUGGAGCGAUCGCACGGAGUAUUGGCUUCCCAUGGCUCAUGACCAUUAUUGGUGUGAUCGACAUCCUGUUCGCUCCACUAUGUUUUUUCCUGCGAAAUCCUCCUGCCAACGAGGAAAAGAUGGCCAUUUUGAUGGACUCCAGCUGGUCAAUGAAGACGCGUUCCUACUCCACCCAGGGCUCCAGCUACCAAAUGGGUGACGAUUUGGACCCCGAGAGCCCUGAAUAAGCCCCGUCACUGCCAGCGCCCAUGUAUGUCAACUUGAGCAUCUAUUUUGUUGUAUGAAAGAGAAAAACAACAGACUUUAAAGAAAACCACAAUGCCGAUAUGUAAAAAUAUCCGAUACCUGUCCCACGCUUGUCCUGUGGCUCUGAUGGUCAUGCUCUACUGAAGCAAACCAAAGCUGUUCUCAUUAAUGUUUGUUCUCAGUGGGAGAAAUGAAGUAUCUACCCAACAGCCUUAUCAAUAUGCAUAACACUUGCAUGUGAUUCGAGAGCAGGAUUUGAAGAUAAAGAGAAGCAAACAUUAA